AUGAUGAGUCUUCCAACCACUAGAAAACUUGCAUUGAAGAAUAAGAUUGUUUUUGGGACAGGAGAUUAUUGGCAUUCUCCAACAUUAACUGCUAACAUGGGAUUUGUUAGAGCUGUUUCACAAACAGGAAUGUCUCUUUUUACCUUUGAGCAUAGACCACGUGCUCUCACAGUCCCUUUCCAACUUUUAUAUCCACUGUUUUGCUUUAAGCUAGACAUUUCAUCGAUAUCUGCAAUGGAGCAACUUGAGCACUUCAGUCACAAUCAUCCACUCAACCUUGUCCAACUACAGCCAAACCACAAUGAAGAGGAAGAGGAAGAGGAAGAUGUAGAUGACCUUGUGGUUGAAGACCACCAUGUUGGCCAAUGCAACAUGUGUGAGGAAGACAUUUAUUCAUUUCAUUUAUGUUACUACACUUGCAAGAAUUGCAGCUACUCUUUACACAAAUUUUGCGCAGAAAUCCCCAAAACCCUACAUGACCACCCAUUACAUAAUCCUAACCACAAUCUUACCUUGUCCAAGGGAUUUCCAGAUCCAGAUCUUUAUUUUAGUUCAAAUAAAGAAUGGACCUGUGGUUUAUGCAAUCAUAAGCGGAAUAACUUCUUCAAUUACCAUUGUUCCAUUUGCAAAUUCAAUAUGGACAUAAUUUGUGCUACCAUGUCUCAACAAAAGAUAAACCACCCAAGCCACCAUCACCAACUGCAACGUAACCCAAAGAAAUUGGUAUCUAUUUGCAAUGCAUGUGGUCGUGAACAUGAAGGGACUUUCUACCACUGCACCACUUGUUAUUGGUUUUGGAUCCAUCAGAAUUGUGCUUUGUCUCCUACCAAAUUACUUAUCCAACAACCUACUAAUCACACUCUCACUCAUGCUCAUCCACUUACCCUAACAUAUUCCUUUCCCAACAUUGAUCAAAAAGUUAAGUUCUAUCCCAAAUGUAGAAUUUGUGAUACAGGCUUCUACAUUUACUUUUGGGUUUACAGGUGUGAUAAAUGUCGAUAUUAUGUCCACAUUCACUGUGCAACUUCAAAGUACGACCAGUUUUUGCGCCCAGGUCGUGGAAAGAUUUGUAAAAAUUUCAAAGAUGAUGACCAUCCUAAUCUUCUCUGUUGUCCAUUUCCUGAUGAAAGUUACAAUCUUCUCAAGCACCAUUUUAUCAAUAAUGAGAAUGACUUUGUAGUACUUGAUGAAAACCAUGAACCUGAUCAGCAAUCGUAG